AUGGCGACCGUUGCUUUACAACCCGACUCAAUGCUUCUUCCACAUCAACAUAAUUUCUACAAUUAUUACGGUCACUGUGGCAUUAAACCCUUAUUUAACAUCGUGUUAAUGCAUUUAUUUUUUUUUGUUAUAUAUGGUGAAACAAAUUUCUCUUUUGAAAAAGAAAAAAAUGAUUUAUCAACAUUUUCAGACAAAUAUUCCAAUGCAAAUUCUCAAAUAGACAUAAACUGA